AGUCUCAAUGUGGAAGUGUUAUUGACGCCAUUGUUUUCAUCCCCAAAAACAGGGAAAAGAAAGACAAAAUGGUGACACUAUUGUUGGUUCAUGGUAUAUUAAUUGCCAUGGAAAUGAACGAAAGAGGGUGACUGCCAUGGCUCUCCACCGCACACCCCUCGGUAGUCCGUCUUUUUAGCUGUUUUUGGCGAGCAAUCCUAAAAAAAUCAGCCCUAACGUCUUAGUUAUCCACCUCGCUAAAAUCUAGAAAGUCAAAUUACUCGCCAAAUCUUCUGUGAACCAGAAUUGUAGAAAGUAUUGGUGAAGGUGUGACCGAAGUUCAGGCAGGGGACCAUGUAAUACCAUGUUAUCAGGCAGAAUGCAGGGAAUGCAAAUUCUGUAAGUCAGGGAAGACAAAUUUCUGUGGCAAAGUUAGGGACGCCACUGGAGCUGGGGUUAUGCUGAUUGAUCGCAAAACUUGUUUUUCAAUUAAUGGGAAACCCAUGUAUCACUACAUGGGAACUUCAACUUUUAGCCAGUACACUGUUGUCCAUGAUGUUAGUGUUGCAAAGAUCAACCCAAAAGCUCCUUUGGAGAAAGGCUGCCUUCUCGGUUGUGGUGUUCCAACAGAAAGUAUUGGUGAAGGUGUGACCGAAGUUCAGGCAGGGGACCAUGUAAUACCAUGUUAUCAGGCAGAAUGCAGGGAAUGCAAAUUCUGUAAGUCAGGGAAGACAAAUUUCUGUGGCAAAGUUAGGGACGCCACUGGAGCUGGGGUUAUGCUGAUUGAUCGCAAAACUUGUUUUUCAAUUAAUGGGAAACCCAUGUAUCACUACAUGGGAACUUCAACUUUUAGCCAGUACACUGUUGUCCAUGAUGUUAGUGUUGCAAAGAUCAACCCAAAAGCUCCUUUGGAGAAAGGCUGCCUUCUCGGUUGUGGUGUUCCAACAGGUCUUGAAGCAGCUUGGAACACCGCAAAAGUGGAAUCUGGUUCCAGCGUUUGUAUUUUUGGUCUUGGAACUGUUGGCCUAGCAGUGGCAGAGGGUGCAAAAGCAGCUGGCGGUGGUGUUGACCAUAGUUUUGAGUGUGUUGGAAAUGUGUCCCUAAUGAGAGCUGCUUUGGAGUGCUGUAUUAAGGGCUGGGGAACAUCAGUCAUUGUGAGUGUUGCGGCAGCUGGUGAAGAGGUAUCCACUCGCCCCUAUAUGUAG